AUGUCUUCAAUGGUCCAAUACACAGUUCUACCAAUAGAAGAUGUGUUGGAUUCUGGCGCAUUUCUCUCAGAGCUCCCCGCGGGUACGCCUGAGGGUAUUGGGUCCACCAUCGGCGCCAUAAAGAGGCUAGUAACCAGGGAGCUAGUCAACCCCCGACCAGUUCCAUAUAUCUUGCUGCACAACGUUCCCCCGUAUACCAUCGAAAGAAUAACCGAUAAUUGGCAGCUACUUGGAUCCAGGGUAAUCUACUUGUGCUAUAAUUCGGAAACACGCCAGCUGAUCAUAAAGUUCCUAGGCUAUCCCCAUGAGGUUGAAGCUGCCAAAUUAAGUUACAUAUAUUGCCGGGCAUUCGAUGGUAUGGGACUAUCAGAUACAUACGAGAGCCUCCGGGCAGAGCUUACCGAUAAUGGGCAAGUGAAGAAAGAACCCGAUGACCAGUGGGUACCCAGGCCCGAAUACGUCCCCGCCGGACGGAACGUGAACUUGUCCACAGUGGCCUUAGAGUCUGGGUGUAGCACCAGGGCUAGGCCUCGUGUUCAGCCUGUGUGCGCCCAAUGUAUAAAUAUCAAAGAAACGAAGAGCGGCAUACUCAUCAGGGGUCCUUCUCUGCUUAUCCACUCCGAGGAAUUCUGGCUUCGGGAACCGAAUGGGGGCAAGAGCGACUAUAUCUUUUCGCAUCCGGCGUUGGAGGAAGAGGCAGAUAGAGUCUGGUUGCACAAGGAUAUCUGGCUCAGCGGCUGCAAUGAGCAGCUACGAGAGAUCCCACGGGAGGAUUUCGAAUUCGAUGAGGACGGCGAUGAGGAGGCCAAUGAGUAA